AUGCCGGGAGAAAUCCUCCGAAGAACAUCCUGCUGGUAUUUUGGUGACUUUGUGUGUUUACUUUAUAAUUAUCUUUCAAGCAUCAUUCCCGCAUCCUCAAUAGGUGACAUGGUGCUCAUAUCAGUUGACCGUUAUGUGGCUAUUUGUGACCCUCUGCACUACACCACUAGAAUCACUGUCAACAGAGUUAAACUCUGUGUUUAUCUGUGUUGGCUCUAUUCUGUUUCCUACUGCUUUCUCUUUGUGAAGGAUGACCUGACUCAACCGGGGAGAUCAGAGCUGAAAGCAGCCAGGACUCUUGGUGUUCUUGUAGUUGUGUUUCUAAUGUGUUUCUGCCCAUAUUACUCUGUCUCUCUUGCAAGUGACAGCUUGGUCAAUGCUUCAUCUGCAUCCUAUGUUCUCUUUGUGUUCUAUUGUAACUCUUGUCUAAACCCUAUUAUAUAUGCCUUGUUUUACCCCUGGUUUAGAAAAUCACUUAAACUCAUUGUAACUCUUCAGAUACUGCAGCCUGGCUCCUGUGAGACCAACAUACUGUAG